AUGGAGGAGGUGGAGUGGACACCAAGACAACCCAGGGCCGAGGACCUAAAGGUUGGGCUCAUCAGCUGGGCAGGAUCCUACCUCAGUUAUCAACCAUAUAAGAAUACAGUCACAGCUACGGCAAAGGGCUUGGGCCGGAGACAGACCUGGGAGAUCCUAGUGAGCAAUGAGCAUGACACACAGGCUGUGGUACGACUAAGAAGCUUGCAGGGUCUCUACCUUCUGUGCGAGGCAGACGGUUCUCUGUGCUACGGGCGGCCAAGGACAAGCCAUCACGGGUGCUUCCUCAUCCGUUUCCACCGCAAUGGCCAAUGGACCCUCCAGUGCAUCAUCAGUGGGCGCUACCUGGAAUCUGAUGGCGAGGAUGUUUUCUGUACCUCCCGGGUCCUCUCAGCUUACCACAUGUGGACCCCUCGGCCAGCCCUGCACGUCCACGUGAUCCUCUUCAGCCCCCUCAACCACUGCUAUGCCCGGGCUGACCCUACCAUGGGCCGAGUCUGGGUAGAUGCACCAAUUCCAUGUCUGGAGGAAUGCGGCUUCCUGUUGCACUUCCAAGAUGGAUGCUACCACCUGGAGACCUCUGCACACACCUUCGUGUCCCACUUAGACCGGCUGGUCUCCCAACCCUCAACGCAGACAGCUUUUCACAUGCAAGUGCGUCCUGGAGGGCUUGUGGCGCUGAGCGAUGGGGAAGGAGGCAUACUGUAUCCACAGGGCACACGCCUACUCCUGAGCCUGGGCUCCAGUCCCCAUGGAGGCGAGGAGUGGUUCAUCCUGCAGCGCUGCCCAACAUGGGUUAGCCUCACGUCCAAGGCUCGGAAGUUCCUCUCCGUCGUCUAUGAUGUGGAGGUGUGUGCUGCCUCUGAGCACAUAAGCCCAAUGUCAUUGUUCCAGUUUGAAUGUGACAACGAGACCCCCACCUUGCAGCUUCGUUCAGCCAAUGGCUGCUACCUAGCCCAGAGGCGCCACAGGGCGGUGAUGGCUGAUGGGCACCCAAUGGAGUGUGAAACCUUCUUUCGUAUGCACUGGAACUGUGGCAGGAUCCUCCUGCAGUCUCCCAAUGGACUCUUCCUGGGCAUCGCAGCCAAUGGCCUGUUGAUGGGCAGUGCCACCAUUCCAGGUCCAAAUGAGGAAUUUGGGAUUCGAUUAGCCAACCGCCCCUUCCUUGCCUUGCGGGGUCGGUAUGGGUAUGUGGGUACCUCGUCAGAACACGACCUCCUGCAGUGCAAUAUGGAUCAACCAGACUGCAUUCACCUGCUGCCCUGCCGCCAGGGCAUCUACCACUUCCAAGCACAGGGUGGAUCCUUCUGGUCAAUAACAUCCUUCGGCACCUUUCGGCCCUGGGGAAAGUUCGCCCUCAACUUCUGUAUCGAGCUUCAGGGCAGCAACUUGCUCACAGUGCUGGCACCCAAUGGCUUCUACAUGCGAUCCGACCGAAGUGGUACCCUGUUGGCAGACAGCGAAGACAUUACCAAAGAGUGUAUUUGGGAAUUUUAG